AACUGCCCCCAAUAAGGAUUAGCCCUUGGAAAUCAGAAAGACCACCUCUCUCUCUCUCACACACACACAAACGCAAACUCUCUUUCUUGCACUUUUUUGCACCACCGGCCCCGGCGUGUCAGCCUUCAACUUCAAAACGGAAAGAGAAGAAGAAAUGAGCGAAGACACGAAGAGAAACGGUAUCGGAGCCGGAGCUGUGGCGGUGAAGUCUUCGUCGGACGAUCGCAAGUCGUUAUCAGCCUCCUCCGAUGAUCGAAAAUCCUCUUCGAAUUCAGCUACUUCUACAACUGUUGGGAAGAAGACAGUAAUCAUAAAAAGUGCCGAUAUGAAACCUGACCUCCAAAAUGAGGCUGUCGACAUUGCUAUUGUUGCAUUUGAGAAGUGUAAUGUAGAGAAGGAUGUAGCAGAACAGAUUAAGAAGGAGUUCGACAAGAAGUAUGGCCCUACUUGGCAUUGCAUUGUCGGAAAAAACUUCGGACAUGCAAUUUAUGUUGGAAAUGUGCGGAUCUGGCCUUCCUUCAGGCUUUAUCUUGAAUGUCAGGGUGGAUUAGUAUUUGUGCAUUUUAAAUGACUUGUCAAAGGAUCUUAUUUUCGUCUAGCUUUUGGAUCUUUGAAGGUCAAAGGAAAAGCUUACCUGGGAAGGGGGUUUGGUUAGAAUUUCUGUGUUGAGGUUUUCACCACUCUUGGUAGAAUAUAUCUAGGUUCAAUAGUAUUAGGUGGUUCGGUAACUACUUAAUUAGAAUUAUGCAACUACUUGUAACAUAAACUGGCAUAUCGUGUGCUAACACGUUCUCAUUAAACUUUUGGUUUUUUUCCUGCAAGAAAAUAUCAGUAAUCACAAAAUUUGGUGAGAAUGACCCUUUUUUCUAACAACGGGUCAAAUGGUAAUGGAUAUCAUCAUUUCUAACAGGUCUCAAAAGAUAAUUUAUUGGUUGGCCAGCAUCUGGCUUAGCCGGCCCCAUUAUGGUAAAAGAACCUUUGGUAUCCUUUAGGAUCUUUAAGGUAUCGACAGCAUGUCCUUCAAUCUUGCUAGGGUUUCUACGAGAUCGUCUACCUUGUUAUGUGCUUGUUUUCUUGACAAACACAUACACCCGGUUAUUAAACCGCAAUUGAUGACAUCAGAGAUUCCUCUUGUGAACACAUGUAGGAUGGUGAAACUUUCAUUGCUAAGAUUGUUGUCAUGCGCCCACAUGAGCGGCCAAACUCUCAGCUUGGUGGCAUGUUUACCCAUUUGCCAUGUUUGUGUGAGAUUAGAAAUUGUGGUAGUAAAUAAGGCAAUGUUUUCUCUAUUAAUACACAAUCACUGAGAGAUAUUGUGCUUAUCGUAAACUUAAUUCUUCACAUGUCUCACGUUAAUUUACUUAUUUUUCUUCUGUCUGUUUUAUAACUCUUUCUCCUAAAUGUCAUAAUCUGGUAGGUAAAAUUCCUAUAUGCUAAUGCCGGCAUUGUCAUUUAUAAAGAUGAAACAUAAGUUUCUUGCUAUGAAAUUCUUCUUGUGUUAGUCUAUUCUUUUAGGUGAUGAAUGGUUUUUGUGAUUACCACCGGUCCUGUGAGAUGCGAAUAAAUGGAUUAUGCAUAGAGUAUCAUUUGUUAUGCCUAAGUGGUCGCACAUGACUUUCCUGUGCUUGUGAAGAAAAUCAAUGAGUGAUGAAGUGGGUUAGAAGUUGAUCACGUCUAGAUUAAAAGAAAUAGGUUAGAGGUUGAUCGUGACUAAACGAGAACUCUCUGUUUUAGUGAUCCAUUUGAGAGUAGAAGUGUAAUACAUCAAAUCUAUCAGAGAAUCAGCAGUCUGCUACUAACAAUAGUCCUUUGUUUAUCUUUACGUAGGACGAAUCCUGUAAUAGUUUGACAGGGUAUUCAUUCUUUGUAAGGGGUCGUUUGGUAGGGUGCAUAAGAAUAAUGCUGAAUG